AUGGAGCUCAAAGCCGAAAUAACCAAACCAAGAAAACAAAUCCAACAAAAGGCGGCAUCGGCUGAGGAUUUCGCGCAGUUCGUCAAGGAUAUCGUGAAAGCUGAGGUCAAAGAGGUACUGAAAAGCCUUGUCACUGAGGAGGGCAUACAGGUAGGGAAGAAACAUAUCGAGAAAUCUAGGAAUAAGUAAUUCAUAUGCAGAAUAAUAAAAAAGAUUAUGGAUGGAGACAAAGGCAGGCUCCAAACUGAUCCUUCGACAGUAGAGAAGAUCAAAGUUUUCGUCAAGCGUUAUCUUAUACAUCAAUUCAUCAGACACCAGUAG